AUGGAUGGAAAGCCAACCACCGCCAAAACAACAACUCUAAAGACCCCAACAGCAAAAACAACAGGGAAUCCAACAACUCAGAAGAAAACCACUGCAAAGGUAACAACAGAGCCAACCACCGAGAAAACAACAACUCAUAAGAGAACCACUGUAAAGGCAACAACAGAGCCUACCACCGAGAAAACAACAACUCAAAAGACGUCGACCACUGAAACUAAAACCGAACCAACAACUGCAAAGUUAACAACAGAGCCCUCUACCGAGAAAACAACUACUCUAAACACCUCAACAGCAAAAACAACAAGACAUCCAACAACUCAGAAGAAAACCACUGUAAAGGUAACAACAGAGCCUACCACCGAGAAAACAACAAAUCAUAAGAAAACCACUGUAAAGCCAACAACAGAGCCUACCACCGAGAAAGCAACAACUCAAAAGACGUCGACCACUGAAACUAAAACAGAACCAACAACUGCAAAGUUAACAACAGAGCCCUCUACCGAGAAAACAACAACUCUAAAAGCCUCAACAUCAAAAACAACAAGGACAACAACAACUCAGAAGAAAACCACUGAAAAGGCAACAACAGAGCCUACCACCGAGAAAACAACAAAUCAUAAGAAAACCACUGUAAAGCCAACAACAGAGCCUACCACUGAGAAAGCAACAACUCAAAAGACGUCGACCACUGAAACUAAAACAGAACCAACAACUGCAAAGUUAACAACAGAGCCCUCUACCCAGAAAACAACAACUCUGAACACCUCAACAGCAAAAACAACAAGGAAUCCAACAACUCACAAGGAAACCACUGCAAAGGUAACAACAGAGCCUACCACCGAAAAAACAACAACUCAUAAGAAAACCACUGUAAAGGCAACAACAGAGCCUACAACCGAGAAAGCAACAACUCAAAAGACGUCGACCACUGAAACUAAAACAGAACCAACAACUGCAAAGUUAACAACAGAGCCCUCUACCCAGAAAACAACAACUCUAAACACCUCAACAGCAAAAACAACAAGACAUCCAACAACUCAGAAGAAAACCACUGUAAAGGCAACAACAGAGCAUACCACCGAGAAAACAACAAAUCAGAAGAAAACCACUGUAAAGCCAACAACAGAGCCUACCACUGAAAAAGCAACAACUCAAAAGACGUCGACCACUGAAACUAAAACAGAACCAACAACUGCAAAGUUAACAACAGAGCCCUCUACCCAGAAAACAACAACUCUAAACACCUCAACAGCAAAAACGACAAGGAAUCCAACAACUCAGAAGAAAACCACUGUAAAGGCAACAACAGAGCAUACCACCGAGAAAACAACAACUCAUAAGAAAACCACUGUAAAGCCAACAACAGAGCCUACCACUGAGAAAGCAACAACUCAAAAGACGUCGACCACUGAAACUAAAACAGAACCAACAACUGCAAAGUUAACAACAGAGCCCUCUACCCAGAAAACAACAACUCUGAACACCUCAACAGCAAAAACAACAAGGAAUCCAACAACUCAGAAGAAAACCACUGUAAAGGUAGCAACAGAGCCUACCACCGAGAAAACAACAACUCAUAAGAAAACCACUGUAAAGGCAACAACAGAGCCUACCACCGAGAAAGCAACAACUCAAAAGACGUCGACCACUGAAACUAAAACAGAACCAACAACUGCAAAGUUAACAACAGAGCCCUCUACCCAGAAAACAACAACUCUGAACACCCCAACAGCAAAAACAACAGGGAAUCCAACAACUCAGAAGAAAACCACUGUAAAGGUAACAACAGAGCCAACCACCGAGAAAACAACAACUCAUAAGAGAACCACUGAAAAGGCAACAACAGAGCCUACAACCGAGAAAGCAACAACUCAAAAGACGUCGACCACUGAAAGUAAAACAGAACCAACAACUGCAAAGUUAACAACAGAGCCCUCUACCCAGAAAACAACAACUCAGAACACCUCAACAGCAAAAACAACAAGGAAUCCAACAACUCAGAGGAAAACCACAGUAAAGGUAACAACAGGUAACACCGAGAAAACAACAACUCAUAAGAGAACCACUGUAAAGGCAACAACAGAGCCUACCACCGAGAAAGCAACAACUCAAAAGACGUCGACCACUGAAACUAAAACAGAACCAACAACUGCAAAGUUAACAACAGAGCCCUCUACCCAGAAAACAACAACUCUAAACACCUCAACAGCAAAAACAACAAGGAAUCCAACAACUCAGAAGAAAACCACUGUAAAGAAAACAACAACUCAUAAGAAAACCACUGAAAAGGCAACAACAGAGCCUACAACCGAGAAAGCAACAACUCAAAAGACGUCGACCACUGAAACUAAAACAGAACCAACAAAAACCACUGUAAAGCCAACAACAGAGCAUACCACCGAGAAAAAAACAACUCAAAAGACGUCGACCACUGAAACUAAAACAGAACCAACAACUGCAAAGUUAACAACAGAGCCCUCUACCGAGAAAACAACCACUCUAAACACCUCAACAUCAAAAACAACAAGGAAACCAACAACUCAGAAGAAAACCACUGUAAAGGUAACAACAGAGCCUACCACCGAGAAAACAACAACUCAUAAGAAAACCACUGUAAAGGCAACAACAGAGCCUACCACCGAGAAAGCAACAACUCAAAAGACGUCGACCACUGAAACUAAAACAGAACCAACAACUGCAAAGUUAACAACAGAGCCCUCUACCGAGAAAACAACUACUCUAAACACCUCAACAGCAAAAACAACAAGGAAACCAACAACUCAGAAGAAAACCACUGUAAAGGUAACAACAGAGCCUACCACCGAGAAAACAACAACUCAUAAGAAAACCACUGUAAAGGCAACAACAGAGCCUACAACCGAGAAAGCAACAACUCAAAAGACGUCGACCACUGAAACUAAAACAGAACCAACAACUGCAAAGUUAACAACAGAGCCCUCUACCCAGAAAACAACAACUCUAAACACCUCUACAGCAAAAACAACAAGACAUCCAACAACUCAGAAGAAAAACACUGUUAAGCCAACAACAGAGCCCUCUACCGAGAAAACAACAACUAAUAAGAAAACCACUGUAAAGGCAACAACAGAGCCUACCACUGAAAAAGCAACAACUCAAAAGACGUCGACCACUGAAACUAAAACAGAACCAACAACUGCAAAGUUAACAACAGAGCCCUCUACCCAGAAAACAACAACUCUAAACACCUCAACAGCAAAAACGACAAGGAAUCCAACAUCUCAGAAGAAAACCACAGUAAAGGUAACAACAGAGCAUACCACCGAGAAAACAACAAAUCAGAUGAAAACCACUGUAAAGGCAACAACAGAGCAUACCACCGAGAAAACAACAAAUCAGAAGAAAACCACUGUAAAGCCAACAACAGAGCCUACCACUGAGAAAGCAACAACUCAAAAGACGUCGACCACUGAAACUAAAAACAGAACCAACAACUGCAAAGUUAACAACAGAGCCCUCUACCCAGAAAACAACAACUCUGAACACCUCAACAGCAAAAACAACAAGACAUCCAACAACUCAGAAGAAAACCACUGUAAAAACACCAUAAGAACAGUAAAGGCAACAACAGAGCAUACCACCGAGAAAACAACAAAUCAGAAGAAAACCACUGUAAAGCCAACAACAGAGCCUACCACUGAGAAAGCAACAACUCAAAAGACGUCGACCACUGAAACUAAAACAGAACCAACAACUGCAAAGUUAACAACAGAGCCCUCUACCCAGAAAACAACAACUCUAAACACCUCAACAGCAAAAACAACAAGACAUCCAACAACUCAGAAGAAAAACACUGUUAAGCCAACAACAGAGCCCUCUACCGAGAAAACAACAACUCUUAACACCCCAACAUCAAAAACAACAACAACUCCAACAACUCAGAAGAAAACCACUGUAAAGGCAACAACAGAGCCUACAACCGAGAAAACAACAACUCAAAAGACGUCGACCACUGAAACUAAAACAGAACCAACAACUGCAAAGUUAACAACAGAGCCCUCUUCCCAGAAAACAACAACUCUGAACACCUCAACAGCAAAAACAACAAGGAAUCCAACAACUCAGAACAAAACCACUGUAAAGGCAACAAAAGAGCCUACCACGGAGAAAAUAACAACUUUACAGACUUCAACAGCAAAAACGACAAGGCAUCCAACAACGCAGAAGAAAACCACUGUAAAAGUAAUAAGAGAACCAACCACAGCAAAAAAAACCACUCAAAGGCAAACGACUAGGAAUCCAACAACUCAGAAGAAAACGACUGUAAAGGCAUUAACAACAACAAAAAAGACUACCCCAGAAUCAACAACUGUAAGGACCACAACAAAGCCGAACACUCAAAAGACGACCACCACAAAGGCUGCCCGAAAGCCAACCACUCCGAAGAUAACAACUAAAAAGACUACUAGAAAGGCAAGAACUCGAAGGCCAACAACUGUUAAGAUAACGACUGAAAAAACUUCCCCUAAGCCAACAACUUAUAAGACAACCGUUAAAUCAACCACGCCAAGAGCAACUAUUGAACCAAUAACAAAGAUCACAACUGGAAAGACCACUAUAAAACCAACAACCAAGAAGACAACAACAAAAAAGACUACCCCAGAAGCAACAACUAUAACAACAACAAAAAAGACGUCUAGAAAGGCAACAACUCGAAGGCCAACAACUGUUAAGAUAACGACUGAAAAAACUUCCCCUAAGCCAACAACUUAUAAGACAACCGUUAAAUCAACCACGUCAAGAGCAACUAUUGAACCAAUAACAAAGAUCACAACUGGAAAGACCACUAUAAAACCAACAACCAAGAAGACAACAACAAAAACUACUAUCCCAGAAGCAACAACUGUAAGGACUACAACAAAAACGAACACUAAAAAGACGACUGCCACAAAAACUACUAGGACGCAAACCACUCCGAAGACAACAACUAAAAAGUCUACCCGAAAGCCAACAACUCGAAAGUCAACAACUGUUAAGACAACUACUGAAAAAACUUCCCUAAGGCAACAACUUUUAGGACAACCGAUAAAUCAACACUAGGGGCAACUAUAACAAAACAAAGAUCACAACUAGGAAACCACUAUAAAACCAACGACCAAUAAGACAACAACAAAAAGAUCUACCCCAGAAGCAUCAACUGUAGGUAACAAAGCCGAACACUAAAAAGCACUCAAAACUACCCGAAAGCCAACCACUCCGAAGAUAACAACUAAAAAGACUACUAGAAAGGCAACAACUCGAAGGCCAACAACUGUUAAGACAACGGCUAAAAAAACUUCCCCUAGGCCAACAACUUAUAAGACAACCGUUAAAUCAACCACGUCAAGAGCAACUAUAGAACCAAUAACAACCAAGAAGACAACACCAAAAAAGACUACCCCAGAAGCAACAACUGUAAGGACCACAACAAAACCGAACACUAAAAAGACGACUGCCACAAAGGCUACCCGAAAGCCAACCACUCCGAAGAUAACAACAAAAAAGACUACUCGAAAGGCAACAACUCGAAGGCCAACAACUAUUAAGAUAACUACUGAAAAAACUUCCCCUAAGCCAACAACUUAUAAGACAACCGUUAAAUCCACCACGUCAAGAGCAACUAUGGAACCAAUAACAAAGAUCACAACUAGAAAGACCACUAAAAAACCAACGACCAACAAGACAACAACAAAAAAGAUUACCCCAGAAGUAACAACUGCAAGGACCACAACAAAGCCGAACACUAAAAAGACGACCACCACAAAGGCUACCCGAAAGCCAACCACUUCGAAGAUAACAACUAAAAAGACUACCCGAAAGCCAACAACUCGAAAGUCAACAACUGUUAAGACAAUGACUGACAAAACUUCCCCUAAGGCAACAACUUUUAGGACAACCGAUAAAUCAACCACGUCAAGAGCAACUAUAGAACCAAUAACAAAGAUCACAACUAGAAAGACCACUAUAAAACCAACAACCAAGAAGACAACAACAAAAAAGAUUACCCCAGAAGCAACAACUGUAAGGACCACAACAAAGCCGAACACUAAAAAGACGACCACUACAAAAACUACCCGAAAGCCAACCACUCCGAAGAUAACAACUAAAAAGACUACUCGAAAGCCAACAACUCGAAAGUCAACAACUGUUAAGACAACGACUGAAAAAACUUCCCCUAAGCCAACAACUUAUAAGACAACCGUUAAAUCAUCCACGUCAAGAGCAACUAUAGAACCAAUAACAAAAAUCACAACUAAAAAUACCACUAUAAAACCAACAACCAAGAAGACAACAACAAAAAAGACUACCCCAGAAGUAACAACUGCAAGGACCACAACAAAACCGAACACUAAAAAGACGACCACUACAAAGGCUACCCGAAAGCCAACCACUCCGAAGAUAACAACUAAAAAGACUACUCGAAAGCUAACAACUCGAAAGUCAACAACUGUUAAGACAAUAACUGACAAAACUUCCCCUAAGGCAACAACUUUUAAGACAACCGAUAAAUCAACGACGUCAAGAGCAACUAUAGAACCAAUAACAAAGAUGACAACUAGGAAUACCACUAUGAAACCAACAACCAAGACGACAACAACAAAAAAGACUACCCCAGAAGCAACAACUGUAAGGACCACAACAAAACCGAACACUAAAAAGACGACUGCCACAAAGGCUACCCGAAAGCCAACCACUCCGAAGAUAACAACUAAAAAGACUACUCGAAAGGCAACAACUCGAAGGCCAACAACUAUUAAGAUAACUACUGAAAAAACUUCCCCUAAGCCAACAACUUAUAAGACAACCGUUAAAUCCACCACGUCAAGAGCAACUAUGGAACCAAUAACAAAGAUCACAACUAGGAAUACCACUAUAAAACCAACAACCAAGAAGACAACAACAAAAAAGACUACCCCAGAAGCAACAACUGUAAGGACCACAACAAAACCGAACACUAAAAAGACGACCACCACAAAGGCUACCCGAAAGCCAACCACUCCGAAGAUAACAACUAAAAAGACUACUAGAAAGGCAACAACUCGAAAGUCAACAACUGUUAAGAUAACGACUGAAAAAACUUCCCCUAAGCCAACAACUUAUAAGACAACCGUUAAAUCAACCACGUCAAGAGCAACUAUUGAACCAAUAACAAAGAUCACAACUGGAAAGACCACUAUAAAACCAACAACCAAGAAGGCAACAACAAAAAAGACUACCCCAGAAGCAACAACUGUAAGGACUACAACAAAAACGAACACUAAAAAGACGACUGCCACAAAAUCUGCUAAGGAGCAAACCACUCCGAAGACAACAACUAAAAAGACAACCCGAAAGCCAACAACUCGAAAGUCAACAACUUUUAAGACAACUACUGAAAAAACUUCAUCUAAGCCAACUUAUAAGACAACCGCAAAAUCUACCACAUCGAGAGUAACUACCCGAAAGCCAAACACUCCGAAAAUAACAACUAAAAAGACUACUAGAAAGGCAACAACUCGAAGGCCAACAACUGUUAAGAUAACGACUGAAAAAACUUCCCCUAAGCCAACAACUUAUAAGACAACCGUUAAAUCAACCACGUCAAGAGCAACUAUAGAACCAAUAACAAAGAUCACAACUAGAAAGACCACUAUAAAACCAACAACCAAGAAGACAACAACAAAAAAGACUACCCCAGAAGCAACCACUGUAAGGACCACAACAAAACCGAACACUAAAAAGACGACUGCCACAAAAACUACUAAGAAGCCAACCACUCCGAAGACAACAACUAAAAAGACUACCCGAAAGUCAACCACUCCGAAGGCAAGAACUGAAAAGACUACCCGAAAGCCAACAACUCAAAAGUCAACAACGACUGAAAAAACUUCCUCUAAGCCAACUUAUAAGACAACCGCAAAAUCAACCACGUCAAGAGGAACUAUAGUACCAAUAACAAAGAUCACAACUAGAAAAACCACUGUAAAACCAACAACCAAGAAGACAACAACUGUAAAGACCACAACAAAGCCGAUCACUAAAUAUACGACUUCCACAAAAACUCCUAAACAAACUCCAACCACUCCGAAAACAACAACUAAAAAGACUACCCGAAAGCCAACAACUCGAAGGUCAACAACGGCUUCAAGGGCAACAACGGAAAAUACCACCACAAGUCAAGAGCCUACAACAUUAGGAACAACAACCGUUCAUACUUCUACUAAGGCUUUUAAUCAGAGUAAUACAAGCACAGUAUCCACGACGAAACUAACCACUUCAGCAACGCAAAAUAAUCACCAACAUCACCAUAUUCAUUAUCAUAAGCCCGCUGAUCCCGGGCAGUCGUUUCUUCCACUGCCUAAUCUUCCCCCUCUUCCGCUCCCACUACCCUGGCCACCACUACCUCUUCCAGAAUUUCCUUUACCAUUGCCCCCUCUACCAGCCGCGUUACCGACAAUACCACCAUUGCCUGAAGUUAACUUAACUGCAAUAUCCCCACCAGAAAUAUCACUUCCCAAUCUUCCACCCUUACCACAAUUGCCAAAUCCUUUUGGUUCACUUUCCACCUUUUUUUGGCGAUCAUUAAACACUACAAACCAAUCAUAACCUUAACAAAUACAUUUUUGAAAAUGCUCACCAUAUAAGUAUUUA